AUGGAUUCGAAUAAAUUUGUUGUUGCCAUUUCUUUAAGUUGGAAAAGCGGAAACGCUACUUGUUGCUACGAUUUAAAUAGUCGGGGUAGUGGUGGAGGAGGGGAAGGGGAAGGAUUGGGUGGACCCGGAGUCGACGCUCAUUUAAAACACGAAGGAGAAGGAGCCGUAAUACAAAUUCAAUUUUUGAUUAACGAAGGAGCACUCAUAACGGCAACCUCUGAUGACGUCAUUCACCUAUGGAAUUUCAGACAAAAGAAACCGGAAGUUGUUCACAGUCUUAAAUUUCAAAGAGAGAGAAAAACUUGGGGGGCGGGCGAUGGGAAAUUUUCUUUUUCUUUGAGAUCUCGAUGGUGGAAUAUUAAGAGGAGUUUAGUUCGUUUUUAUCGGGGUCAACUAAAAUGUAAAAAAAAAACCGGAAAUUUUUGCUUUUUAACCAAAAAAAAAAAAUUUUCCUCUUUUUUUUUGGGGGGUCGUUUCGGCGGCGGAGGCAGCGGCAGCGGUCACAUUUGA